UUUCGAUGACUCGCAAGUGCAGAAAGAAGAAGAGAGCAAUGCAGAGUAAUUCGCUACUUCUGUUUUCUUCGUUUCUCUGAGGAGAUUCACUUUUACUUCGCAGACAGAGUUGUUUCUGGUGUUCAACAGGGGAAAUAACGAAAGAGUGGACGCAAAGAAUGCGAGGCAAUAUUUGUUAAGAUGGCAUCUCUUAACCAUUCCACCUCCAUUCUGCCUUCCUGCACCUACAAGGAGGACUUCAAGCGCUUCCUGCUCCCGUCCGUCUACAGCCUGGUCUUCAUCUUUGGACUGCCGCUCAACUUCAUCAUCAUCCUGCGGAUAUGGGGCUCCCGGCGCGCUCUAACGCGGACCAAUAUCUACAUGCUGAAUCUAGCGGUGGCAGACUUCCUGUACGUCUGUUCCCUUCCGCUUCUCAUAUACAACUACGCCAGUGAAGACUAUUGGCCAUUCGGAGACUUCACCUGCCGCUUGGUUCGCUUCCAGUUCUACAGCAACCUGCACGGAAGCAUCUUCUUCCUCACCUGCAUCAGCUCCCAGCGCUACAUGGGCAUCUGCCAUCCGCUGACGGUGUGGCCCAGACAAGGCGGACGCAGGCUGGCAUGGUUGGUCUGCGCUGGCGUCUGGGUGGCCGUCGCCGUUCUCUGUGCUCCAACGUUUGAGUUCGCUGCCACCGGCAUCCAGCGCAACCGCACGGUGUGCUACGACCUCAGUGUUCCAGAGCGCUCCACAGCGUACUUCCCAUACGGCAUUACUUUGACCUGUCUGGGCUUCGUCGUGCCCUUUCUAGUGAUCGUAGUGCUGUACUGCAAAAUGGCACGGGUUCUCUGGCAGGUUGGUGAAGCCCAACAAGCUGUGGCCAUAGAGAGGAAGAAUAAAGCUGUGAGGAUGAUUAUCAUUGUGAUGCUGGUGUUCGCCAUCAGCUUCUUGCCUUUCCAUAUGACAAAGACACUCUACCUGCUGGUGAGGACCUUUCCCACGGCCCCCUGCGAACUGAGGAAUUUGCUGUCUGUGGUCUACAAAUGCACCAGACCCUUCGCCAGCAUGAACAGCGUUCUGGACCCCAUUCUGUUCUACUUCACCCAGCCGCAGUACAGACGCAGCACCAGGAGUCUGCUGCUCAAGAUCACCUCGCUCAAAGACAAGGUUGACAAAACCUGACUGGAGCACACCUGCUUGGGUCAAAAAUAACUGUGUUAAGCAAGACACUACAAUCACAGCCAUUGUUUUGUUUUGUUUUCUCCACUAGACAUAUUUGAGAUUUUAUAGGCUAAGGUUUACAAAUUAGUACCUUUUGAAAGGGUACCACUGUAGUGACAGUUUUGUCAAGUCAAGUCACCUUUAUUUAUAUAGUGCUUUUAACAGUACAGAGUUUUUAACAAGACAGUUUUGUAAAUUUAUUUGUGAGAGUGUAGUGAAAAAAUACAUCCAAAAUAGACAUUUAAAGGUGCAGUAAGCAAUUUCUCACUAAAAGAAAACAGACAUGCCCCUAACCAAAAUAAUCACACCCCUGUUUUGAUAGCUCCGCCCCCAAUUCUUUAACAUGCUUUGCAACACAGGCACCUCCCCCAAUCAUUAGUGGACACGCCCCUUGCUGCUGAUUGGCUACAAGUGUGUUCUGGUGUUCUGACUGAUCCACUUUCAACAGCCUUUUCUUUUUCGGAAAUCGCUUAAUGCAUCUUUAAGUGUUUAUUUUGACACUAUUUCAGUUACAGUACAUAUCUAUAAAAGC